GAACAAGCUCUCAGGUUCGCCAACUUUUCUCCUCACUCGGUGUGGUACGAUGGGAAGGAAUAUCCUACUUCUGAGCAUCGUAAGCAUCUCAUCUUCUAGAGCUGCUGCUAUAUGCAUAACAUUCGCUCCGCACGCCCUAGUCUUCCACGCGCACAAGUUCCUGAACAAAGCGCCUAACCUGGCGGAGCAAAUUCGGACGCAGCCCACACCAAGAGCAGCUCUGGAGGAAGCUAGACGUCUUCGUAGCCUUCAGCGAAGCGAUUGGUUCGAAGUGAAUCUGGGCUGCAUGGAUGCCGUCCUCGAGGCAAAGUUCACGCAGCAUCUACAACUGCGCGACAUGUUGCUGUCAACGGGCACCCGAGAGUUGGUGGAAGCAAGCCCUGUAAGGCGGCAUAUUUCUCUUCGACGUACGACGGUAACGAGCGGGACAUCUCACUGCAGGUGGAUUCAUUCUGGGGCUACGGCGCAGAUAAGCAGGGCAGAAAUGAGCUCGGAAAGGCUCUGGUGAGACUGAGAGAGAAGCUCCGUGCUCAAGAAGUGCAGAUGCAAGAGCAUCCCGUUGAUACACGGCAGGGGCAGGUGGCGAGUGAUGACGUGCAGAUACGCAAUUGCACUCAACAGAUGCCAGUCGUAGCGUUUGCGCAAGAGCAUGUUCUCGAUGUGGCACUCGUUGAGCCUGUUUCCGGCGCUCCAUUCGGCGCAUCUCCCGCUCACGGUUCAUCUUCUGGGUUCGCUCACGCAGGACAAGAAGGCGCCUAUGUCAUCCCAGAGAGACCUGCACACUUUCCUCUUUAUCCACAGACAGAAUCCCCCAUCUACUUCUACAAUCGGCUUGAGCCAUAUUACGAGUUCACGAAUUUUGCCCUGUAUUCGGUGAAGUACAGCGGAAAACGAUACCCUACUGCCGAGCAUCUCUUUCAAGCGCAUAAGUUCUUGGAGACGAAUCCGCGCCUUGCCGAACACAUUCGAAGGCAGCGGACACCGAGAGCUGCACUACAAGAGGCCACACGUCUCCGCAGCGCUCAGCGGAGAGAUUGGUUCAACGUGAACGUGGCCAUCAUGGACGACAUCCUGCAGGCAAAGUUCAGGCAGCAUGCAACUCUUAGGGACAUGCUACUCAGAACUGGAAAUAGAGAGCUGAUAGAGAAGAGUCCAGCGGAUUCGUUCUGGGGUAGUGGUGCGGAUGGCCGGGGCAGGAAUGAGUUCGGGAAGUGCUUGAUGAGACUGAGGGACAAGUUACGCGCAGGAGGAUAAACUAAUGACCCAGACGUGAUUUCGAAUCACGACCAAUGCAUCGCGAAAGUUCUCCGAGUCGGAGGCCGAGUCCAGCUAUUUGAUUGUACCAACAGUUUCACCCUAGGUUAUCUUACUACGUGUCGUACUGUGCAUCUAUAUCGCAUAUGUGCUAGGUGCCAUAGCAGAGAUGAUAUGUGAAUCAGGACAUGCGUUUGCUUGG